AUGUCCUAUGUUAGAAUCGACAACGGUGAAUUGAUUAUCAGAGUGCCGAUUGAAUCUGAUGGUACAAUAUCUAGUGACACAUUCAAUCAGCUCUUUCCAAAUGCUACAGUAUUCUUAUUUAGAAUAAAUCGUUCGAAUUAUUGGGCUGUAGUGGAAAAAGAUGAUAAUGGGAAUUUCUUAGCACCAAAUGGCAUUUGGAGCGACAACGCAGUGUAUAAAGCGUAUGAUGCUCGUUCUCCUCGUCAACGAUCAUCACAAUCAUCAUCAUCAUCAUCAUCAUCAAUCACAUGGAACCACUUCUUAUCUACACUUGGAAAUUUGUUAUGGCCUCCAUCAUCUGGCCGUACUCCUAAGAAAAAUCAGUAA